AUGAGUACCGCAGCAGACACCCCAAUCCCUCUCUGGUUGGAUUGCGAUCCUGGCCACGAUGAUGCGUUCGCCAUUCUUAUUGCAGCUCAUCACCCAUCCUUGAACCUUCUGGGUAUCACAACAAUCCACGGCAAUGCCUCUUUAGAGAAUACUACCAUCAAUGCCACAAGAGUGUUAGAGGCCAUCGGGAGACCGGAAGUUCCUGUAUAUCCAGGGAGCAAAAAGCCGUUCUGCAGACCUGCCAUGCAUGCCCCUAACAUUCACGGCGAAUCAGGUAUUGACGGAACUGAGCUUCUUCCUAAAGCUUCAAGGGCACCGAUUACGGACAAGAACCCUAUCCUUGCGAUGCGCGAUGCCCUUAUGGCUCAGCCGAAAGGCACACCCUGGGUCAUAGCUACAGGUACAUUGACCAACAUUGCCUUGCUAUUCGCAACCUUCCCGGAAGUUGCGGCGCAUAUCAAGGGCCUCAGUAUAAUGGGCGGUGGUGUUGGAGGUGGCUUCGCCAAUGCGCCAAUCAGUAGACUGGCUGGGCAUGAGAACAGGAUUGGCAAUAUAACUCCAUUGGCAGAGUUCAACAUCUAUUGUGAUCCCGAGGCUUCUCAAUCAGUCUUCAGCAAUGCCAUUCUCGCGCCCAAGACCUACCUGAUGUCGCUAGACCUGACGCACCAAGUCCUCGCCUCGCGGGAAGUACAAACCCGCAUUCUACAUGGAGACGGCGACCCCUCCACGCCUCCAACCGUGCUCCGUCAAAUGCUGUAUGAACUACUACUCUUCUUUGCGUCAACCUACGAAACCGAGUACGGCUUGACAACAGGCCCUCCACUCCACGAUCCUCUCGCCGUAGCCAUAAUCCUAUCCACGCUCAACCCAGAAUUCGCUAGCAAACACCCUGACCAGGCUGUGAAAUUCGACGACCGUGAUGGGGAGCGGUUCGCAGUUACUGUUGUAACUGAUGGGCUUCAUGGGAAGGAUAUUGCUCUCGUGGGCCAGCUGGGUCGCUCUGUGGUUACCAGCCACCCCGCCGGUGUCUGCAUCCCCCGUGGAGUGGAUUUGGCUGCCUUUUGGGGCAUUAUUUUGGACUGCAUUAAACGGGCGGAUAGGUUGAAUGCUGCGCGUACAACAGCAUAA